AAUAUAGACGUGGAGCUCCUACGGUGUCACGAAUUUGGUCCAUCUCCAUCAUUGCUUGGUGAGAGAGAGUGAAAAAAAAAUUCUCACUGUAGAUGCGGUGAGAAAAAGGGAGGGACUUAUAUAUUCAGAAUUCAAAGAGUUCAAUCCCAAUCCCACUUUCCAGAACUUGAUCAUACUCGUCGCAAUGGCUGCUCUCAGCUCCACCACCACUUGUAGAGCCCCUCCAUUCCCCAGUUCCUUCGUAAAAUUCCACAAACCCAACUUCUCUCCGGCCCUCUUCACCAAAUCCAAUCGGUGGAAUAAUUUGAGCUUCUCCACCAGAAAAAGAAGAAACUUGGUUGUUGGGUCGGUCGCAGAGGAUCGAAAGGUGGUUCCUUUGAAGGAAAACCAAUCAAAGGAGCAAGAGAGCCGCUUAUUGGAUGAUGGCUCCGAAGAGUAUAACGAUUUUUCUUCAUCUUUAGCUCCUUCUUCUUCUUCUUCGUCUUUUUCAGAGAAAGGGGAGGGUGAUGAUUUUGAAAGGUUCACCAGCAGAGCUAUAAACGCUGCAAUUGUUCUGGGAUUCGGGACUUUUGCUGUCACAAAGUUGCUUACCAUUGACCAUGAUUAUUGGCAUGGAUGGACCUUGUAUGAGAUACUGAAGUAUGCACCUGAGCACAAUUGGAUUGCCUAUGAACAAGCUCUCAAAGCAAAUCCUGUUUUAGCUAAAAUGAUGAUAAGCGGAGUUGUCUAUGCUCUAGGAGAUUGGAUUGCCCAAUGUUAUGGAGGAAAACCACUUUUUGAAUUUGACAGAAGACGUAUGUUCAGAUCAGGCGUUGUGGGGUUUACGCUCCAUGGAUCACUUUCUCACUAUUACUACCAAUUUUGUGAGGAUCUGUUCCCUUUUGACGAUUGGUGGGUGGUACCGGCCAAAGUUGUGUUUGACCAAACGGUAUGGGCUGCAGUUUGGAACAGCAUAUACUUUGUGGUUUUGGGGCUCUUGCGUUUUGAAUCCAUAGACAAUAUUUCAAGUGAACUGAAGGCAACUUUUUGGCCCAUGCUGACCGCAGGGUGGAAACUUUGGCCAUUUGCUCAUCUGAUUACCUAUGGUGUGAUCCCUGUCGAACAAAGGCUUCUUUGGGUGGAUUGUGUGGAGCUGAUCUGGGUAACCAUACUCUCAACGUUAUCAAAUGAAAAAUCUGAGUCACGAAUAUCAGAGGCAUCAUCUGGAGCAAACUCUUCUUCUUCAUCAAGCAAUUCUUCUAAGGAUUGAUUUAAUUUGUUUACGGCAAACCAAGAGACAAUUUUCUGGUGCAAGAGAACGAUGGCUAUAUCAUUCUCAUAGUGAUUUAAAGUUGAACAAUUUAUCUGGGGAGAAUACAGAAGAAAUGACUUCACAUUAUUAGAGAUCUGCUUGCUUGCUGGUUAUGCAUGUUUCUUUUGGGGAGGUAAGGAGUUGUAAUGAAUAUAGGUUAUACAGAAAACAAAAACUUUCAUCUUUUUUUUUUUCAUUAUUAUUAUUAUUAUUAUUUUAAUGUACUAAAUAUUUUGGUUGGGGUUGAAGGGAGGGAGUAGGCAAAUCUGUUGUAUCAAAUCAUGCUGUCCAUGUAUCCAACAUAUACAAACAAUUUCAUUAUAUGGACUCACACACAAAAGGUAUUGUAAUUUUC